GGACUUUCUAACACUAGAAUGGAUCUCUGUUACGAGGCUUUGAAUGGAUCCUGUGGGAAGUAUGUACGACCGUACGGCGUCCACGUUCCUAUGCUUAUCACCAUGAUGUUGACCACCAUUGUGACCAUCAUUGGGAAUCUACUGGUCAUCAUCUCCAUUGGACAUUUCAAGCAACUCCACACACCAACAAACCAGCUGAUUUUGUCUCUCGCCCUGUGUGACUUUCUCCUCGGGCUGUUUGUCAUGCCGUUGAGCGCUGUCCGUUCCAUGCAGGGCUGUUGGUACUUUGGGGAUUUCUUAUGUAAGUUACACACAUGCAUUGACAUGACUCUCAGCACCUCUUCGAUUUUCCACCUUGUGAGUGUGUCUGCCGAGCGCUGUUGUGCCGUGUGCAGCCCAUUAACGUAUCAUUAUCGCUUUGGUUUUCCAAUGGUGCUGUUAAUGAUCUCUGUCAGCUGGUUGAUCCCUGCUGUAUUUGCUUACAUGAGUACCUACUUCGAACUCAACCUUCAUGGUGACAAGGACUUUUACGAAACACAUGUACGUUGUGUGGGAGGGUGCCAUGUCUUCUUUACUCACGGCCCGGCAGUGAUCUCUUCACUUGUUUCCUUCUACAUUCCUGGCCUCAUCAUUAUUGGCAUCUAUUCUAGAAUCUACAUGGUUGCCCGAAACCAAGCGAGGUCUAUAAGUCUUCAACUGAGCCAGCUGAGAAGAGUUUAUCCAUCAGAAGGGGCGCAACAUUGGGCACAGAAAGCAACGAUAACGAUUGCUAUCGUGGUUGGAGUUUUCAUGGUUUGCUGGACUCCUUUUUUCCUCUGUAACAUAAUGAAUCCUUUUAUUGGCUACACAACACCCCCAACGCUGAUCGAUGCACUUGUUUGGUUUGGCUAUGUCAAUUCCACCUUAAAUCCUUUCAUUUAUGCAUUCAUGCAUUCUUGGUUCAGAAAGGCUGUGAGAAUUAUAGUAACUGGGGAAAUAUUUCAAAACAAUAGCAGCAGAAAACAGUUAGACUUGUAACCAAGGCCUAAUUCGGAAAAACAUAGCAUACCACCCUUACUCUGAAUUAAUUAGACCAAUUGCUUUGCUCUGCUGAUCAAAGCUGUGCAAAUGCAACCAAAACUCAGCUCAAAGUUGCAUUAAAUAUGAAGUGCUUGUAUGUAUUCUUAUAUUAAUUUGUGGGCUUGUUUUAUCAGUUUUAUGGACGACUUGGUUAAUGAGGCCUAUAAGAGAUUGUAGUAAAAAUGUGUACAUUAUAAAACCGUCUCAUUUCAGAAAAGUAACCGUUAUGUUUCAAAGUAGGAAAGACAUUAAAGUGAUAGUCUACCAUAAAAUGAAAAUUCUGUCAUUAAUUACUUCCAAACGCACAAGACCUUCGUUCAUCUUCAGAACACAAAUGUUAUGUCUGAUGAAAUUCGAGAGCUUUCUGACCCUGCAUAGAUAGCAACGCAACUACCAGAUUCAAGGCCCAGAAAGUUAAUAAGGACAAUGUUAAAAUAGUCCAUGUGACGUUAAUGGUUCAACUGUAAUUUUAUGAAGCUACGAGAAUACUUUUUGUGCACAAAGAAAACAAAAAUAACAGUUUUAUUCAACAAUUUCUUCUCUUCGGUGUCAGUCAACACUCGUUCAUGAGAGUACCACAACACAUGCGUGUGGUGCUGCUGACGCAGGAGCCGGGCGUUAUAUGAUAUGAUAUGAAUAAUAACAAAUUGACUAUGUUUAAAAAAAUAAAUAAACAUAGCUUGUGAACUACAUUCCAUUUUAUAUAAUCAGACUGAAUUUUCAGUUAUCAUUCAUUGAAAAUAUUCUUCAGCUCUCCGAUGUUGUUAUGUGUUGCUUCAGAAGAUUAUAAUAUGUAUGUUUUAAUUUUUCUUACAGUGCUUUCAUAGUGUUGAUAUCAAUGGAGAUAUAUGAGUCAAGACAUGUUCCUCUGCUUCAGUGUAUUUCUAGCAACAAACCUCAGAUGAGCUGUCAUUGUCCAAAACAGAUUAAGUGCUCAAAAGAGUAAUGACUGAGGCAUCACACUGAGGCAUUCUUUGUGAACAGUUCAUGUGAUAAAACUGCAUCAUAGCUAUGUGU